AUGGACUUUCUCCAAGUCAUCGCUCUGUUCUCUUUCUUCUUCGCUGCUGUCGGUGCGUUCCCUCAGCAGACUGCCGCAGGUACAACUACCGCGACUCCGGCGACGAUCACUAAGGCUGCGUCGCUCAGUUGCUCAGACGGGCAGACAGCUGUCUACACGACAGAUUGUACGAUGGGAACACCCACGUCGUACUGCGCUAGGCCGGAGCCCCCGAUCCAGUGCUCAGAGGGGUACUUCCCCUCGGUUUGGCACCCAGGUCAUUGCAUCGAGCAGUCGACCUGUUUCCCGCUUGAUGCGUCCUGGAUCACGACUGAGUGCUCGCAUGGCGCGGUUCCUUGGACAACCUCGACCUUGUACGAAGGUACCUUGGCGGGAGGACAGUCGACUAUUAUCAGUGCCGUUUCCUGCUCCUGUGCCAAGGACCAAUGGUAUAGCAUGACUAUGCUCGCAGGCGCAUCAACCGUUGACACUUUCUGCAUGCCCUCAAGCUCCUGUCCAGCAGGCAUGACAACCUCAGUCUCAGUCAAUACAUACUGCGCAACAGCGCCGGCAAGCGUAUGCUCGGAUAUUCCGCUGGAAACAAACUACUGCAAGUGCGAGAAUGCAGCGCAGACACCCGUAUAUCCCGACUCUGUUGGAGCGGCUCCAACCGGAUGUGAAUUCUGA